AUGUCUUCCAAUCUCUCCACCCUCGCCCUCGCCAGCGAUGCCACCGUUGUCUCCCAGUACACCCCCGACGAGUACGAGAGGACUUCCUACUAUAACGGCAUCACCGGAGACGGCGACCACCCGGAACUCGUUUACCGUUCAGAUUUCCCCACUACGCCCUCCCCCAAGCCCGUUGGCAGACACGCCCAUCUUCCUGUCAAGUCGCUCCGGGGAAUUUUUGACACCCCGCUCAAUAGUGUCUGGGACACUGUCGCUCCUGAGAUUCAUGAUCUGAUCAAGGCUCGGAAGAUCAACUGGUUGUUUGUCGACCCUGCCCACUUCUUCACGCACGGACUGCCGGGAGAGGAGCACAAGGAGAGUCUUGGUCCUGUCGUCAUAUGGGUUAGUGUCAUUCCUGGCUCUACCUCUUCCGAUACCACCCACGAGGUCUCCCGAGAGAUUCUUACGCUUCUCCUGAAGAAUAGAGUCAAGGAUGCUAUUGUGGAAUGGCGCGAGGCUGUCCUGCAAAGGCUGACAGGUCCACCCCUUAUGCAUCAUGUCAGCAGCAACAAUGCCAUCCACUAUGUCUGUCGCAUCUUCACUGCUCUUCUCCGCAUUCCUUUUGCGACCGAAGGGAUGGAGGAGGAGGAUGUCCAGGGCACUCUCACCCUCUGGUUCCAUGAAAACAAAGACAAGGACGGCAACCCUAGCGACAAGGUUUACAAAGCGAAGGAGAGGCAGGACGCAGAUAACGCGAAAGGGAUCCGCGCAAAUCGACGCAACUUGGAAGACGUGAACGAGGCUAUCGCUGAUCUCAAGGCCUUUUACAACAAAGUCAUGAAGCACUGGUCUGAGAUUAAUCUUCACUGCAACAUUGGCCACGUUCAAUACGCUGCAUCCAUCACGAUCGACAUUGAAGGUGGCACGCUAUAUACAUCGGACUGGGCUGCAUUCUUGGCCGCUGAGGCGAAGGUCAAGGAUGAGUUCAAAAGAUCUAAGUAUUCUCCUCAAGAACUUACAGCAAUGUUCUAUCAUCUGGGUGGUGGUGCGACUACAUUCAAGUUUUCCGAGGAGAGAAAACUCAGGAUUGAGGGUUACGCCACCAAAGAGGACCUCACCAACCCCACAGAGUUUGACAGCAAAGGCCAGCGCUGCCUUAUUGUCGGUAAAAAUGGCAACACUACUGACCUCACUAUUGGACGCUAUGCCGGCCUGAUGUCGUUCACUCUCAACAAAGUUGGCAUCGAGUCCGUCGAGCUCAGCAUCUACAACUCAGGCGUUAAGGGUGUCGAAGCCUUCUCUGCUAAAGAAGACUUGGGUUCCUUCGUCUGGCACAUGACAAACAGCAAAGCUUGCAUUGUUGGCCAACUUCAAUCUGGAAAUAACAAAGGUGGCUCGACCAGCAACCAUGUUACUUAUUGCACCCCUGGCUGGCCAAGCAUCUCUGCCUUUGUGAACAUCUUCUCUGAGUUGUGA